UCUGGGACCAGAAUACACAUGUUCCUUUCUGCCGAAAUUUUCUAUUCAUAUAGAGACCAAGUAUGAGGACAACAAAGGAAGCAAUGACAGAAUUUUUGACAGUGAAGCCAAAGACCUAGAGAGAGAAGUCUGCUUCAUCGACAUUGCCUGCGAUGAGAUUCCAGAACGUUACUACAAAGAAUCCGAGGAUCCUAAACACUUCAAGUCAGAGAAGACAGGACGGGGCAAGUUAAGUGAAGGCUGGCGAGACAGUCAUCAGCCUAUCAUGUGCUCCUACAAGCUGGUGACCGUCAAGUUCGAGGUGUGGGGGCUUCAGACCAGAGUGGAGCAGUUUGUACACAAGGUCGUUCGAGAUAUUCUGCUGAUCGGACAUAGGCAGGCUUUCGCAUGGGUCGAUGAGUGGUACGACAUGACAAUGGAUGAAGUACGAGAAUUCGAACGAGCCACUCAGGAAGCCACCAACAAGAAAAUUGGCGUUUUCCCACCUGCGAUUUCUAUCUCCAGCAUUUCCCUGCUGCCUUCUUCGGUCCGCAGUGCCCCUUCUAGUGCUCCGUCCACACCGCUGUCCACAGACGCUCCGGAAUUUCUGUCUGUUCCCAAAGAUCGGCCCCGGAAAAAGUCUGCCCCAGAGACUCUCACACUUCCAGACCCUGAGAAAAGAACCCCCUUAAAUGUACCUGGUGUGUACCUCUCAGAUAAGCCUUGCCAGCCCAAGUCAGAGUAACUCCAUAGGAAUAUUUCCUGGAGUUUUAUAUUUUCUUUUCUCUUUUUUUGUUUGUUUUUUAAAGGAUCUCCUGAUAAAGAAAAAGUCUGUUUUUGUCACCCAAA